UAAUAACAUGAAGGAAAAUCAUAUAUACCAUUCCAGUCUCUCUCUAUAUAAGAUCUAUAUUCACUCGUCCUCGUCUCAAAACCCAUCGAGUCACCAUGGUUGACUCGCCCAACUCAGACGCCGGCUCAUCCAUCUCCACUACCGAGUCGAUUUCACCGAGUGAUGAACCCGCGAGGACGAAGAACAAGAAGCGGGUCAGACCCCAACCGGGAUAUCGAGGGGUCCGAAUGAGGACGUGGGGCAGAUGGGUCUCCGAGAUUCGAGAGCCUCGCAAGAAGAGCCGCAUCUGGCUCGGCCCCUUCGCCACCGCCGAGAUGGCGGCGCGUGCUCAUGACGCGGCGGCGUUGACCGUCAAAGGCUCCUCCGCCGUCCUCAACUUCCCGGAGCUCUCCGCUUUCCUCCCCCGACCGGCCUCGAACUCUCCCCGUGACGUUCAAGCCGCCGCCGCCAUCGCUGCCGGUAUGGAUUUCUCCGCCGCCGCCGUAGAAAUCCAGUCUCCGCCUUCGGUCUCGUCGGAGGCGUCUACGUCGUCGUCGUCGGAGCUGAGCGAGAUAGUCGAGUUGCCGAGUUUGGAGACGAGUCACGACGAGUCGGUGAGCGAGUUCGUGUUUGCUGACUCGGUAGUUCCUGGUUCGCCGUGGUAUUUCAGCAACUGUUAUAGUUGCAACCAUCGCGAGGACGAUGGUACUACGUGUGAAGUCUUCGAGUCUUUCAAUUUUGGUCCUCUUUUCUCCUUAGAAUUUUAAUUGUACCCCAGAUAUUUAAAUUCACAAUUUAGCCCUCUCCUGGAGGUUUAAUUUAA